AUGGACGCCUUGGAAACAUACCUGGCCACAUGCAAAGUGACCAUCCAACUCGUCUUCCUCUUCCGUCGUCACGAGCGACGGUCGUUAUCGCUCAAGGCCACACAAGUGAUCCACAUGAUGCAUAAGAUCUAUCGUGGUGACGACACAGACGCCGUGCUAGUUCCGGUCCGGGAACUCUGCGCUACAACGAUCGAUUUCGUCAGGUUUGUGAUGUAUUCGAAGGAGAGAGGUGCCAUGGGGUUGGGCAAGACGCCCGGUCUUGAUGCCUUCCGUCGCUUGGAGUGGUACCUGAGUGUGAAGAAAUCCAAUGCACUGACGAUUGUCACGGACUUGUUGGACGUCCAGUAUACUUCAAGCUGGCGAUUGAUGCGAGUGAACAGCAUCUGGGUCGUUUCCAACCGGGACUUGAUGGGCUAA